AUGACCAACGAAUCUUUCCGGGUAAUAAUCAUCGGAGGCGGCCCCAGCGGCAUCACAGCUGCGUACGCCCUCUACCAUGCCGGAAUCGACUUUGUUCUUCUCGAGCGCAGAAACGAAGUGGCCGAAGAUCAAGGAGCAAGCUUGGUUCUAAGCCCCUCAAGUUUGCGCGUAUUUCAUCAAUUCGGUAUCCUCGACCAGCUCUUGGAAAUCGGGGGCAAGAUCAAAAUAAACAAGGCCUUUACAGUUGACGGUCAACGUUUUAUGCAUGCCGAUGCGUAUGGACUUCUGAAAGACCACCACGGCAUAGAACCAUUGGCGUUCCACAGGGCACACCUUGUCCAGGCACUAUACGACAACCUUCCUGAGGCUGCAAAGCUACGCUACAUCACAGGGAAGAAGCUCGCCAGCAUUACAUCCACAGAAACCGGUGUAACAGUGACCUGUGUUGAUGGCUCAUCCUACACAGGCUCUAUUGUAAUAGGCGCCGACGGCGUGCACUCAAUGGUCCGACAAGAAAUGCGCCGCCUCGCAAUUAAGAGCAAUCCGUCGUACGAGACAACGUGGGACUCGGUUAAGCCGUACAAGACGAAUUACGUCUGCGCAUGGGCCUCGUUUCCUCGCCCAUCCGAGCCGGGUCUAAAUCACGAGACACACAGCACUGAUAGGUCCAUAAUGUACAUCACAGGCAAAGAGCGUGGCUGGAUUUUCCUCUACAAAAAGCUGACCAGCUCGACUACGGAUCGGAUUACUCUGAGCAGCGAUGAAGUUGACGACUUUGCAAAAGAGUUCAUGGACUGGCCGAUCGCGGAGAAUUUGAAGGUCAAGGACGUCUGGGAGGAACGCUAUAGUGCCGGCGGUGCGGGCCUUGAGGAGGGUGUCUGCGGUAAUUGGAGCUGGAACGGUAGGGUUGUCCUUGUUGGCGAUGCCGCGCACAAGUUCACACCCAACGCAGGCCUUGGAUUCAACAAUGGCAUUCAAGACGUUGUCGCUCUUUCCAAUAAGCUGCACAGAUUCGUUUCAGCCCCCAGCAGAAGCCCGUUGGACUUUGCGACGUUGGAAAGCCGGCUGAAGGAGUACCAAAGCGAGAGACGGGAGACGCUGAUGUCGGAUCUGGACCACUCUGCUCUUGUGACCAGGAUGCAUGCCUGGUCCUCAACAUGGACAUGGAUUAUGGCAAGGUACGUUAUGUCAUGGAGCUUCAUGCAAAGGAUGUUCAUCACAUACGUUCUUUCACCCAAGAUCCAAAGGAUCGGAGUAAUCGACUUUCUACCAACCUCGGAACCAUUCGAAGGGACGUUCAAGUGGCAGCAUCCGUUGUCUAAGAACGCCCCGAAUGAUCCAACUAUAUAG